AUGGAAUUUCCAACAAAUAUUGGUGAUCUAAUACAUUUGAGAUAUUUUAGCUUCUACUCGAGCUAUAGAAUACCUGUACCUCCUAGUAUUGGCAAUUUGUUUAAUCUGCAAACCUUAAAGUUUCUCGGUGCAAUUUCAAAACUUCCUAAUGAAAUUGGAAAGUUGAUUAACUUGAGACAUCUUCAAUUAUCUAACGGGUGUAGUGAAGGCUAUCCAAAGAGUAUUGCAAACUUGACAAGUCUCCAGACGCUGGAGAAUGUGUAUUUCCAUUCGACCAUUCUCACAAAUAAUAACAUGGCAUGUUUACAAGAUCUACGAGGGUUGAACAAUCUUCGUAAAUUAGGUUUGGUUAACUUAGGUUGUGAAGAAGACAAGGAAAAGGCUAAGGAAGCUGAACUUCAUAAUAAAACAAAGCUUGCCCACUUGUAUUUGUUAUUUGACGUGUUCAUUCUACCAGAGAUGGAAACUCAUGAGACUGUACUUGAAACUCUGCGACCCCAUAUCAGUUUAAAGUCUUUAAGAAUUGUGAACUACCGUGGUCGGUCCAUUUCCCCUAGUUGGAUGGUGUCGUUGAUUAAUCUAAGGAGCUUAUACUUGGAUCAUUGUCAUUACCACGACACAUUGCCUCCUUUGGGGAAACUCCCAUGCCUCGAAUCACUCGACAUAUAUUCUAGUGAUGGUUUGAAGAAGAUGGGGCCUGAGUUUUUGGGAGUAGAAAUCCAUAGCAACACAUCAACAAACUCGUUGUUUCCGAAACUAAAACAACUCAAUAUUCGCAGGGCAAAGUCGUUGGAGGAAUGGGUAGGGGUGGUGGGGUGGAACAUGAACGACCCUCUGAAAAUAAUGCCUUGUCUUGAGUCUUUGGAUAUCUCUUUUUGUCAAAUGCUGCGAACGUUGCCUGACUUCCUGGAGGCGACACCAUUGAAGAAUUUGAACAUUUUUUGCUGCAAGCAUUUAGCCAAAUCUUGCUUGAGGGAGACAGGAAAUGACUGGCCCAAGAUUCGUCAUGUCCCAAACAUUACUAUCAGCACCAGAACCAGAACCAGAUGA